AUGUAUAAAUAUGCUCAUUUUACAACGUUGUUCAUUUUAAUUUGUCUAUUUUAUAAUACUAAUAAUUUUUUACUUAAAUCUCGAUUAUCAACGAUUAAAAUUGGUUCAUUUAAUUUACGUCGAUAUUCUUUAGCUAAAGCUACAUCAACAAAUUCAAUUAAUACACAUAUAUCAAAAAUUCUUCAACGAUAUGAUCUUAUUUUUCUUCAAGAAAUAAUUGAUACAUCAGAUAAUAAUCAAGUUGUUAAUAUUCUUUUAAAUCAUAUUCAUAAAAAAUCAAAAUUAAAAAAAUAUGAAGCUAUUAUAUCACCACCACUUGGUUCAACAUCAUACAAAGAACGUUUAGUUUAUUUAUAUAAUAAAAAAUCUUCAAAAAUUAAAAUUCUUUCAUCUUAUGUUUAUAAUGGAUCAGUUAGUCGAAUGUUUGAACGUCAACCAUUUAUUCUUCAUAUAGAAUUAUCAUCAUUUGGAAAAAUAAUAUUUAUUGGUGCUCAUCUUAAACCUGAUAGUGUUUACGAAGAAUUUCGUCAUUUACGUACUGUUAUUGAGCAAUUGAAAGAAACAUCUUCAAUAAUAUUAUUAGGUGAUUUUAAUGCUGACUGUUCAUAUUUGAAUAAUGCAAAAAAGAAAGAAAUGAGAAAUACAUAUUUCAAUGAAUUUCAAUGGUUAAUUGAUGAUCGAACUGAAACAAAUUUACUUGAAUCAUGUUCAUAUGAUAGAAUAAUAGUUUCAUCAGGUAUCAAUCAAUGGAAAAAAAUCAAUUGGAAACCAAAGACUAAUGGAACAUUUCAAUUUGAUAAAAAAUUUAAAUUAACUAAACAAUUAGCUUUACAAAUUAGUGAUCAUUAUCCAGUUGAAGUUGAUAUUUAUUAA